GCGUCCCGGGCGGAAGGCGGGCAGAGGACCGGCGGCGAAGGAGGGACCAUGUCCGUCUUGCGCAGGCUACGGGAGGCGCCGCGGCACCUGCUGGUGUGCGAGAAAUCCAAUUUUGGGCACGACGAGUCCCGGCACCGGCAGCACGUGGAGAGGCAUUACUUCAACUACAGGGUGUCUCUUCUGAUUCCUGAUUGUGUGGUACCACCAAAAGAGCUGAAAAAUAUCGUCACGGAUAGUGGACCUUAUUACCUGGUGAAGAACUUAUCUCUUCAUGAAUUAGUCGAUCAUGAAUUUAUCAGCACCUUUGUGAAGAAAGGUCCUUGCUACGCCCUGACCUACAAUACAAAUAUCGACCAGGAUAACACAGUUGCGGUGCUGCCAACGGGGAGACUCAUUUUGUCCCUGGACAAAGACACUUAUGAAGAACUUGGACUCCAAGGCCGCCCGUCUCAAUAUUCUGGGAGAAAAGCCAUGAGAUACAUUGUUGCCAUUGAACUGACUGACGACUCCUUUAAUCCCGAGACCAAGAAGUAUAAAAGAGCCGUCUGGGCCUUGAAAGAAAAGAAGCCAUUGAAGUUUGACUUCCUUUUCGCUUGGCAUCAUACAGGUGGAGAAGAAUCAACGCUGAUGUCGUAUUUUUCCACGUACCAGAUUCAGGCGCACCAGCCAAAAAUAACAGUAAGUUCGCUCAAAGAUCUGCAGUGUCCGGUGCUUCAAAGUAACGAGCUGAGGGGAAAGCCGGAAGAAUCCUGCAGCGCACAGGAAGUUUUUGACUGGCUCGGCGCUGUCUUUAAUAACGUCGACAUGGACAAUCAGUCCUUCAAUUUCUUGUCAACGUAUUGCUGUUCGCAGCCGAGCAUGGAGGUGGGGAAGGCUCAUUUGUGUACGGUCACCGGUUUCAUACUUCCUCAGACGAUAUGCCUGUUAUUGGAGCAGCUGCGUCACUAUUUUGAUGAACCAAAGUUCACCUCGUGGGUCUCGCUGUCUGUGCAGGGAUUUGCCGAUAGUCCCGUUUCUUGGAGAGAAAGCGAACACGGAUUCCAAAAGGGGGGAGAAAAUUUAUACAAUUUUGUCAUUUUUAGUAAUCAGGACUAUUGGCUUCAGAUGGCUGUUGGAGCAAAUGAUGACUGCCCACCUUAAAAUAAAAUGACUUUCAAACUUGG